UUAACAAGUUGUGAGUGAGCCUAUGAACUUUGGAAGGGUGUGAAGAACUCUACUCUCUGAUUAACAAUGGAGAAACUGGCGAUUCCUUGCCAAACAAAGCCUCCAAUUUCCGUCCCCGCUUCAAUUAUCAAAACCAAACCCCUUAAAUUCUCCUCAAAACCAACUCAAACUACUAUAUUUUUCACCCAGAAAUCCAGUUCGAAGUCCAAUGACGACCAUUUGAGUUACCUUUGCCGCCAUGGCCUCCUCCGAGAAGCCAUAUCCGCCAUUGAUUCAAUGUCCAGACAUGGGUCUAAGUUAAGCACCAACAUGUAUAUCAAUUUGCUUCAAACUUGCAUAGAUGCGGAUUCUAUUGAAGUGGGUCGUGAGCUUCAUGUUCGUCUCUGUUUAGUCGAUCAGGUGAACCCAUUUGUUGAGACGAAGCUAGUUAGCAUGUAUGCGAAAUGUGGGUUUCUAAAAGAUGCACGUAAGGUGUUUGAUGAAAUGCCGGAGAGAAAUUUGUACACUUGGUCGGCAAUGAUAGGCGCAUAUUCAAGAGAGCAGAGAUGGAAAGAAGUAGUUGAACUUUUCUUUUUGAUGAUGGGUGAUGGAGUACUGCCUGAUGCUUUUCUUUUCCCAAGAAUAAUACAAGCUUGUGGGAAUUGCGAGGAUCUUGAAACUUUGAAGUUGAUGCAUUCUNAGUGCGAGGAGCUUGAAACUUUGAAGUUGAUGCAUUCUGUGGUUAUUCGAUGUGGGUUGAGUUGUUCUAUGCGUGUAAGCAAUUCUAUUUUGACGGCAUUGGUUAAAUGUGGGAAUUUGAGUUUGGCUAGGAAGUUCUUUGAGAACAUGGACGAAAGAGAUGAGGUCUCUUGGAAUGCUAUAAUAGCUGGCUAUUGUCGGAAGGGACAUGGCGAUGAAGCUAGGACGUUGCUCGACACGAUGAACGAUCAAGGAUUCAACCCGGGUUUGGUUACUUGUAACAUACUGAUUGCUAGUUAUAGCCAGUUGGGGAAAUGUAAUCUUGUUAUAGAAUUGAAGAAGAAGAUGGAAAGUAUGGGGAUCACUCCUGAUGUCUAUACUUGGACUUCGAUGAUUUCGGGUUUUGCUCAAAGCAGCAGGAUUAAUCUGGCAUUGGAUUUCUUCAAGGAGAUGAUUCUAGCAGGGGUUGAACCAAAUGCUGUAACUAUUACGAGCGUGACGUCGGCGUGUGCUUCCUUAAAAUCGCUGCAAAAAGGACUGGAAAUACAUUGUUUAGCAAUUAAAAUGGGGAUUGCUCAUCAGGUAUUGGUUGGGAAUUCACUUAUUGAUAUGUAUUCUAAAUGUGGAAAAUUGGAAGCUGCUCAUCAUGUCUUUGAUACAAUUUUAGAAAAAGAUAUUUAUACGUGGAACUCGAUGAUUGGAGGAUAUUGUCAGGGUGGAUACUGUGGUAAAGCAUAUGAACUUUUUAUGAGAUUAAGGGAAUCAAAUGUAAUGCCUAAUGUUGUGACAUGGAAUGUGAUGAUAUCAGGGUGUAUACACAAUGGAGAUGAGGAUCAAGCUAUGAACCUCUUUCAAAUGAUGGAAAAUGAUGAGGAGGUUAAUCCGAACACGGCGUCCUGGAAUUCUCUGAUUGCGGGGUACCACCGGCUCGGUGAAAAGAACAAAGCUCUAGCAAUAUUUCGACAAAUGCAGUCUCUUAAUUUUAAUCCUAAUUCAGUGACUAUCUUGAGUAUCUUACCAGUUUGUGCAAAUGUAAUGGCAGAGAAGAAAAUAAAGGAAAUCCAUGGCUGUGUGUUGCGUAGAAACCUGGAAUCGGAGCUUCCUGUUGCGAACUCGCUUAUAGACACGUAUGCCAAGUCGGGGAACAUUCAAUAUUCAAGAAACAUCUUUGAUGGCAUGUCGUCAAAAGAUAUUAUCACCUGGAAUUCAAUUAUUGCAGGAUAUAUUUUACAUGGUUGCUCAGAUGCUGCAUUUCAUUUGUUCGAUCAGAUGAAAAGGUUUGGAAUUAGGCCGAACCGAGUUAAAAGUUCGUUUUUUCCCGCGCAGAAUUCUGAUGGUUCUCGAAAAAUCAAGCCGAUCUCGGCUGGUCCUUUUGGAGGAACAGGUGGAAAUUAUUGGGACGAUGGAGUUUUUUCGACCAUCAGGCAGCUGGUAAUUUGCCAUGGAGCUGGUAUCGACUCGAUCAAGAUUCAAUAUGAUGUGAAGGGAAGUUCGAUUUGGUCAGAUAAACAUGGAGGAAACGGUGGCACUAAAACAGACACGGUGAAGCUCGAUUUCCCGGACGAGUACUUGACUAUGAUCCGUGGACACUAUGGUAGCUUUGUGUCGUUCGACAAAGUUUACGUUCGAUCCCUGACUUUUAUGAGCAACAAAAGGAAGUUCGGGCCGUAUGGGGUCGAACUAGGAACGAUUUUCUCGUUCCCAGCGACCGAGGGCAAGAUUGUUGGGUUCCAUGGCAGGAGUGGAUUGUACCUGGAUGCCAUUGGAGUUUACCUAAAGCCUAUGCCAAUACAAACGCCAUCUAAAGGAAUGAUUCAGUCACCGAAUUACGUUGCUUGUAAGGCUGAAAACGAAGGCUAUUCAAUUAUACAAGGAAGUGUUGGCCAAAAUUAUGAUAUUGUUCUUGCUCUACGACAGAAGGAUGAAUUCAAAAAGCCUCUUCCAAAUACUAUCUCGAAACAAGUAUCUAGUUCCUCGAGCUCGGAAUCGAGUGACGAUGAAUCCACAGACAAGAGGCUGGUGAAGAAGGGACCAUCGAAAGUUGAAAAUGCGGUACCGUGUGGACCGUGGGGUGGCUCGGGUGGAACUACAUUUGAUGAUGGACAUUACUCUGGUAUUAGGGAAAUUAAUGUGUCGCGAAAUGUCGGUAUUGUUUAUAUAAAAGUUCUGUAUGCUUGGGACGAGGAAUCUAUAUGGGGAACCCGAGCAGGUGGAAAAGGAGGAUUCAAACAUGACAAGGUUGUUUUUGAUUAUCCCUAUGAAAUCUUGACUCAUGUAACGGGACAUUAUGGGCCUGUAAUGUACAUGGGACCUAAUGUUAUCAAGUCACUCACAUUCCAUACUACAAAAGCCAAGUACGGGCCGUUCGGGGAGGCGCUAGGAACCCCGUUUAGUACCAACGUCAAGGAGGGAAAGAUUGUUGGAUUUCAUGGCAGGAAAGGCUUGUUCCUAGACGCUCUUGGCGUGCACCUAGUCGAAGGAAAGGUGACCCCGGCGUCUCGUCCUCCCUCCAGUGAAAUCGUUCCUGCUGCACGACCACCACUUCUUGGAAAUGAGCUUGUCCCUUGGACUAAGAAAGUGGCACCUUCAAAAGGAGGAGCACUUGAAGAGAUUACUCGUGGUGUCGUAAAAGAACCGGCACCCUGUGGACCGGGACCGUGGGGCGGGGACGGGGGUAAACCAUGGGAUGAUGGGGUAUUCUCUGGCAUUAAACAGAUAUACUUAACACGGUCUCUCGAAGCGUUUUGUUCGAUUCAAAUCGAAUAUGAUCGAAACAAACAAUCAGUUUGGUCAGUCAAGCAUGGAGGAAACAGUGGAACAAGCAUACAUCGGGUAAAAUUGGAUUAUCCACACGAAGUACUGACUUGUAUAUCGGGAUAUUACGGUUACGUCGGUAAAGGCGAGCGACAACAAGUUAUAAAGUCGCUUACUUUUUACACAAGUAGGGGGAAGUUCGGUCCGUUCGGGGAGGAGAUAGGGCACUUUUUCACGUCGACAACGACGGAGGGCAAAGUGGUUGGGUUCCAUGGAAGAAGCAGCUUGUAUUUGGAUGCCAUUGGAGUACACAUGCAGCAUUGGCUAGGAGGCCAAAGGGCAUCCAAAUCGUCUAUGUUCAAACUGUUCUGAUAUGAAACUGUGAGAGAAGUAAUAAAGUUGGGAGGGAAAAUAAUGUUUGACCUAAUCUAAUCAAUAACUUUUAUCAUAUUAUUCCCUGCA